AUGAAAUUAGGUUAUCAACAAAAUGAUUUUGAUUCAUCCUUUGAGCGAAGUUUGAGUGGAAGUUUCAGAAAGUUCACAUCUGGUUUACUGCAAAAUGAUCUGGACUUAUCUCCAGGCCAUAGCUCAAAUGGUAGUUUUAGGAGGUCUAACUCUGUUAUGUCCACGCAUAGUAUAUCUGGCACUUCAGCUUCAAGCAAGUAUGCUCCUUCCAGAAGAGUGUCCAAGGGGCUAAAGGACUAUGCAAGGAAGCUUGUUGACCUUGAAUUGUUCACGCAUUGUCUUGAGGAUUGGGUUCUGGAAAAUUCAUGUGAAGAUUCAGACAAUUGUUUCAGUGCUCCCUUCAUGAUCGAUGAAUUGCGGAAGCUUGAUGUAGCAUUGGAGGGUGCUUUGUUUCAGCAACUCCUCCGGAUGCCAUGCUCCCCUUAUGUUUCCAAUGAUCCAAAUGAAGAUGAGUAUCUUGCAUUAGAAGACUUCCUUCAUGCCAUAGUGAGUGGUUUAUGGCAUGCAUUUUGGCAUAAAAGAGGUCAGCUCCCUCUGUUUGUAUCUUGUCCACGUUCUCUUGGAUCCAAGUUUUAUACUGUAGAAAAGGCGAUAUCAAGGGGAAGGCUUAAAGAGCUAUGUGGUUUAGCUUUGAUAUCAAAAAUGGGGAGUGAUCAACAAGUUCACUGGGAUCAGAUUAUGGAGUUUGCACUAUUUAAACCAGAUAUAUUGUCAGGGAAUGAGUUGAAGCUAUCGACUCCCGUUAUUUGUGAAGCCCUCUUUUAUGGUUUCCAUAUACUUGUUUCUAGGUCUUUGAGCAAGACUAGAACUGCAAAGAACAGUUCUGUUUUUCUUGUGGUUCUAGAUUCUAAAUAUGGAGGGGUUGUGAAACUUGGUGGUGAUCUUAGCAAAUUUGAUUUAAACUCAACUAAUCCAUACAAGUCCAUGGUUGAAUGGAUCAAAAAUCAUGCCGAAAUUGGUGUUUCUCCAGUGGACCGAAUAUGGAACAAAUUUGGAAAUGCAAAUUGGGGGGACCUAGGAACUCUACAGGAUGGAAUUCUGCCUCAGUGA